AUGGUUUGCAUGAACAGUGGUGCAGAUGAAGUAGCCGUGAAAGUAAGGCAAAACACACCGUGCACCUUACUGGGCAUCUCACUGGCUGCAAUAGGGUUGUUCCAACUACGGUGUGCUUAUUUUGAAUUAGAAGCCUCAGGGGCAACUUUAAUGAGUCGUUGGCCAACUGAAUUAUACAACCAUCCAUCCAUCACGUGCAUGUACAUAUACAUACACAUACACACACAAACAGAUACACACACACACAUACAUACAUACAUAUGUGCGUCUCAAAUCCUACCAAUGCUGAUGUUUGGAACUCUUCGGCUUCCGAUAUCACUGGAUGAAUGUAGGAAGAUGUGGCAGACAGCAUCAGCCAUCACCCAAUCAAUACCUGUCCUUACAUCAGCUCAUUUUUAUGGACACCUGCGGUAA